UAAAACUAAGACCGAACGGCGAUGCACCUCAAGUGUCGAGGCCUUAUUUUAAUUUAUUGAAUACCCUAACCCUAACGCUAAAAAAAAAAAAAAAAAAAAAACGUUUUCCCCAGUAGCCACCGUACCUAGUAUAAAGAAGUGGUCUUGGUUUUCUCUCCUGAGCUUUAAGAGACAAGCGUUCCGACAGCGGUUGAGUUGGGAUGGAGAGGCCAACGUUGAUGGAAAUCUCAGAGAACCUGUGUUCCUCUGAAGUGGCCGCCCUCUGCUUUUUGUGCCGUGAUGUUCUGAACAAGACACAUCUCGAAGGAGUCAAAGAUGCCAAAGUUUUGUUCAACAGACUAGAAGAAAAAGAUUGCCUGAAUAUUGAAUUUAUUAAGCAACUACUGCAGACAAUCCGACGGAUUGACCUCCUCAACUUGGUAAAGAUAAAGACACAGGAUGUGGAAGAAACUGAUGCAAAUCCUUUUGGCAAACUGUCAAAUUACAGGGUGAUGCUGUACCGUAUAUACGAUGAAACAACUGAAGAAACUGUCAAAAUGGUGAAGUUUCUCUUGCAGAACACAAUUGGCAGGAGACAAUUGGAAGAAUGCAAUACGGUGCUGGACAUCUUUAUUGAAAUGGAAAAAGUGGAUUUAUUGUCUCAAUCCAAUCUGCACAAGCUACAUUUGAUCCUGAAGGAAGUGGACAUGCAACUGGCAUUGACUGUCCAGCAAUUUGAAAAAGCUGCAUCUGCUGAAGCAAGCAAUGGUUUCCAGAAUGGUGUGUCCCCAUCUGAGACUCAAUUCACCGGCGGCCAAUUUUCCUCAGACAAAGACGCUGACAUCCAGCUUUUGUUGCAUUCUGAUCAGACAGAGUACUACGCAAUGGAUCACAUCCCUCAUGGUCUAUGUGUGAUUAUCAACAAUGAGGAAUUUUUGGAACUGACGAGAAGGGGUGGAAGUGACAAGGACACGGAGGCUCUUAGAUCACUGUUCGAUGAAUUUGGCUUUGAUGUGAAAGUCUUUCCCAACUUGACUGCAGAACAGAUGAAAAAUGAGCUAAGCACCAUUGCUACAAGAAAUUUUUCAAUGGAGGAUGCUCUGGUCGUGUGUGUGCUCUCCCAUGGGGAAAAUGGUUGUGUCUUUGGGAUUGACAGCGAAAAGGUUUACCUACAAGAACUGACGAAGCCCUUUACGAGUAAAUUAGCCCCAACCUUGGCAGGGAAACCCAAACUGUUCUUCAUCCAAGCGUGUCAGGGAAGGGCCUAUCAGACAGGAUCCUUGCCAUUGCCCUCAAACCCGAAUGAGGCGAAUGAUGUCAGACAGAAUCAGGUGGAAGAGGAUGCGGGCCGCAUCGUUCAUGAGACGGUGGCCUCAGAUGCCGACUUCCUGCUGGGCAUGUCCACCGUGCAAAACUGCAAGUCAUUUCGAAAACCCGCCACAGGUUCCAUCUACAUCCAGGAGCUGUGCAAGCAACUCAGACAAUCUGCUGAGAGUUGCAGUCAACGGAAGGAAGAUAUUCUCUCUGUCCUCACCCGUGUGAACCGAGAGGUCAGCAAAGGGAAUUAUCAUAAAUACAACUACAAGCAAAUGCCUGAGCCCAAAUACACCCUCACUAAGACACUGAUCCUAAAGUUUGCUGGGGCCCAAGUGAAACAAUCCUAAAGUGUGCAGUAAUCCUUCGCUACUUCGCGCUUCACCUAUCGCGGCCUCGCUCUAUCGCAGAUUUUUUUCUAAACAAAUAUUGCGGCUAGAUUCGGUGCAUGGCAGAUCUUUCUUUUUUUUUUUAUGUCUCACUCACGCACACACACACACACACACACACACACACACA